AUGGAUUCAGAAUUUGACCCGGAGGACAAAUACAGCUGGUACUUUGGCAUGCUGUCCAGGGAGAAGACCAAUGAGAUCUUGAUGGAGCAGGACUACGAUGGGACAUUCCUUGUCCGGGACAGUAAGUCCUGCCAGGGGGACUUUGUGCUGUGUGUCAGAGAAGAUCAGAAGGUCAGCCAUUACAUUGUCAACAGAAUACAGUCGCCAGACGGCACUGCAAUAUUCAAGAUUGGGGACAAGGAGUUCUCGGAUAUGCCGAGUUUGUUAAGCUUCUAUAAGACACAUUACUUGGAAACAACAACAUUGAUUAAACCUGUGCCUAGAACAAAAUUGGUGUGUAAAUAUAAAUUUGAUGGACGGGAUCCAGAAGAUCUCCCAUUUAAAAAGGGUGAUAUUUUAGAAGUGAUUUAUAAAGACGAGGAAGAGUGGUGGACGGCAAUAAAUACUGACUUUCGGAUCGGACAAAUCCCUGCUCAGUAUACAGAAGUGCUGGAGGAUUCUGUCCCAAGCAGUAGAACACCAGUGAGGCCACCGCCUCCGAUAACAAACAUCUAUGAUGGAGCUUCGAUUAAGUUGCCAGCAAAAGCCGUUGUUAUCCUUCAGCGAAUCCCAAGUGCUUAUGACAAGCGGAUGCUUAAAUUAGAGGUUGGUGAAGUCAUCACAGUUCUAAAGAUGAACCAAAAUGGCCAGUGGGAAGGCCGGGACAUAAGAGACAGGGAAGGCAUAUUUCCAUUCACACACAUCCGGUUUCUGACAGAAGAAGAACUACACAGUUUACCUGGAUCAACGUAA